AUGAGUGCAGGAAACUCUGAUCUGCCGGGGGGUUCCCCCUCCGAUAUACCAGGACACCCGCCCACCAACCUCCCACCGUUGGAAGAGUAUACCGAGACUCGCUCCCAAGACAACCACCGCGAAGACUCUCACCAGGAAACAACCUCUAAUGCAUCCUCCUCCGCCUUCACGAGAGACCGAUGGCUCCAUGCAACUCGAUCCGUCAGAGAGAAGGCCGGUCGUCUGGCGGACAGGUUGGGCCGGCCGGAGGAACACGGGGCGCAUGGACUGGGCUCUUCGUUAGUCCCAACCGAAGAGCUGGGCGCGAUGGAUGACGAGAAGCUGGUGGCGGUCUUCCGAGACAACAAGGACUCCGGAUUAUCAGAUCAUACGAAGCUUCAGAUGGCGGUAGAUGCCGAAGCUCAAGGGUUGAUGCACGGAUUCGGUCUGGGAGAUCUUCGCCACCGCAAGCCGUUCGGGGAGGCACAUCAUAACGGCAACGAGAAGGAGCAUGGGUUCGCCGAGUCCACUGCGACCACACCCGGUGAUCAAACGCCGGCGGAUGUGGAGGCCAACGGCCGUGCACCCCCACCAUUGCUUGGAGGAGGAGUGCUGUCCGCCCUGCUCCGGCUGCAGGCGAAUCAGAUGUCACACUGUCGCACCGACAGCAUGUACUCCGCUGCCGAAUCCGAUCGGGAAUCGAUGCCAGCGCUUUCGGGCACGGUAACCCCCGUGCCUGGCGUUACCUCCUCCGCGACCAGUCCGACUCCGACCAAGCACAAGCCACUGGCCUGGCACAAAAAGUCCAGGAACAGCUCGACGGCGUCCUUGGUCCAUGCGUCCAUGAGUAUGGGCCACAUCGGCUCCUCGUCAGCCUGGGCCAACGCAAAAGUCCCUCCGCCGGAGUUCAAAACCGGUAACAAGAAGAAAAGAAAGAAGAACGACGAGGAGAUCAAGCUGAGAUAUCACAUUGCCGACAUCAUCGUUCGUCAACGUUUUAUCAUGCAGCUGUGCCGUGCCUUCAUGAGAUACGGCGCUCCGACCCAUCGGUUGGAGGAGUACAUGCAGAUGACGGCUCGCGUGCUGGACAUCGAGGCACAGUUCAUGUAUCUUCCUGGCUGCAUGAUCAUGUCCUUUGAUGAUCCGUAUACGCGCACCGCGGAGGUCAAGCUGGUUCGAGUGCCACAGGGGCUGGAUCUGGGUCGCUUGGAGGAAGUCCAUGGCUGUUAUAAGCGCGUCACGCACGACAUGACCGACAUGCAGUCGGCAAUCAGUGAGCUGACGGAGAUCAUGGGCCGCAAGGAUCGCUAUCCCCGGUGGUUGGUGAUUCUACUCUAUGGGGUGGGCUCCGCCUGCGUGGGCCCCUUUGGUUUCUCCGCGCGUCCGCUGGAUAUGCCCAUUAUCUUCAUACUUGGUUGCUGCGUUGGCGUCAUGCAACUAGUGCUCGCUCCGCUCUCCGCCUUGUACUCCAAUGUCUUCGAGGUCACAGCGGCCAUCCUCAUCUCCUUCCUGGCCCGUGCUUUUGGCAGUAUCCGGUACCCUGGUAGCUCAGACCCGGUCUUCUGCUACGCCUCCAUCACCCAGUCGUCGAUCGCGCUGAUUCUUCCCGGUUUCUCUGUCUUGACGAGCAGUCUGGAACUCCAGUCCCACCAGAUGAUCGCCGGCUCGAUCCGCCUGGUGUACACCAUCCUCUACUCUCUAUUCCUGGGCUACGGCGUCACGGUCGGCACAACCAUCUACGGGGCGAUCGACCCCAAUGCUACGCGGGACACCACCUGCGCGCGACAGAGCGUCUGGGGCAGCCCCUAUGCGCAGCGUUUCCCCUUCGUGGCCGCCUAUUGCAUCAUUGCUGCAUUGAUCAACCAGGCCAAACCGCGCCAGAUCCCCAUGAUGGUUCUCAUCGGGACUGCCGGGUACGUGACCAACUACUUCAGCACGCAGAAGCUGGGCCCUUCGUCGCAGGUCGCCAACACCGUCGGCGCGUUCACAAUCGGGCUUCUGGCCAACCUGUACAGUCGCCUGUGGCACGGCAAUGCAGUCAGCUCGACCAUCCCUGGUAUCUUCACCAUGGUGCCCUCGGGUCUGGCCUCGUCCGGAUCGAUCCUCUCGGCGAUCGAGUACUCGGAUGCCGUCAAGAACGGGACAGCGAACACGUCCGGCGGAACGUCGGGCAGCUCUUUGACGAGUCUGGGGUAUGGUAUGAUCCAGACGGCGAUUGGGAUUACCGUGGGAUUGUUCAUCUCGGCAUUGAUUGUUUAUCCACAUGGGAAGCGUCGGAGUGGAUUGUUUUCAUUGUAG